CAUGUCGAAGUGUGACGGAAUAAUGAAUUUCAUGGCUAUCCAACGGCGAAGGCAACCGUAGAGGGAUCACUUGCAGAGUCAGCCGGUCAUGUCGUGACUUGGUAGUGACGAAAGAUAAUGAGGAGCAGUGUCAAUUUUUCAAGCAACACGAUUGGUUAUCGAGGUGUCGGCUGACUGCUCGAAGAAAAUACCGCGAGCGGUGUACGAAGGUCUUUUACCCGCGUGGAUAAGUUGACUUAGCAAUCAAGUAGCAGAAAGCGACCACUUGUUGCUACUGGAGACUCCUGAAAAUCUGAGAAGGCUUUUAUCCCUUGGCUAUAUUGUUUCACGACAUAGGGAUCAUGGCAGAACCGAAAGCAGACAUCGCCCUCAUUGGACUGGCUGUCAUGGGGCAGAACUUGAUUCUUAAUAUGAACGAUCAUGGCUUUGUCGUUUGUGCUUAUAAUCGUACGACGGAGAAGGUAAAACAGUUUUUGGAAAACGAAGCAAAGGGCACGAAAGUUAUUGGUGCCUUCAGCUUGGAGGAGAUGGUCAGGAAAUUGAAAUCGCCACGCCGAGUCAUGCUGCUGGUGAAAGCCGGUCCAGCUGUAGAUGCAUUUAUUGAAAAGUUAGUUCCUCUUCUUUCCUCGGGGGAUAUUAUCAUCGACGGUGGAAAUUCCGAGUACCAAGACACGCAAAGACGCACAGAGGAGUUAGAAAAGAAAGGAAUUUUAUUUGUUGGGAGUGGAGUAAGCGGAGGAGAGGAUGGUGCGAGGUACGGCCCUUCCCUUAUGCCUGGUGGGAAUCCUAAAGCAUGGCCACAUAUCAAACCUAUUUUUCAGGCAAUCUGUGCGAAAGUUAACGGAGAACCUUGCUGUGACUGGGUUGGCGAAACAGGAGCUGGACAUUUUGUCAAAAUGGUUCACAAUGGAAUCGAGUACGGUGACAUGCAAUUGAUUUGCGAGGCUUACGAUCUCAUGAGAAAUGGUCUUUCGCUUUCUCCACAAGAAAUGAGUGAUGUUUUCACUGAAUGGAAUAAAGGCGAAUUGGAUUCUUUCUUGAUUGAAAUAACCAGAGAUAUUCUAAAAUACAAGGAUGAAAAAGGAUAUCUACUAGAACGGAUAAGAGAUACAGCUGGCCAAAAGGGAACUGGGAAAUGGACAGCCAUAGCUGCCCUGGAUUACGGAGUUCCCGUAACUCUAAUUGGUGAAUCUGUAUUUGCAAGAUGUCUGUCCGCAUUGCAAUCUGAAAGAAUAGAAGCAAGUACGGUUCUCGAAGGUCCCAAGGGUAAAUUUCAAGGUGAUAAGAAAGAGUUUCUGGAGCAUACGAGGAAAGCAUUAUAUGCCUCAAAAAUUAUUUCCUAUGCACAAGGUUUUAUGUUGUUGCGCGAAGCUGCUAAAGUUCACAAUUGGAAUUUGAAUUAUGGUGGCAUUGCAUUAAUGUGGAGAGGUGGCUGCAUUAUUAGAAGUGCGUUUUUGGGAAAUAUCAAGCAAGCAUUUGAUAAGAACCCAAAACUGUCUAAUUUGUUGCUGGACGACUUUUUUGCAAAUGCUAUGAAGAAAUGCCAUACAAGUGCUAGGGUAGUCGUCUCAAAUGCCGUUACCCUUGGCAUACCAACUCCUGCAUUGUCAACGGCGUUAGCUUUUUAUGAUGGAUUCCGUACAGCAAGACUCCCUGCAAACUUGUUGCAAGCACAACGUGAUUACUUCGGAGCCCAUACUUAUGAGCUUCUUGGACAGGAAGGAAAAUUUGUACAUACAAACUGGACAGGACAUGGAGGAAACGUUUCUGCAUCAACGUAUGAUGCAUAAAAUGUAUGCGUACAAUGGAAGAGUUGCAUCGACUGCAUACAGACAUGACAAUUUGACACCUAAUGUACAUAUAUACAAACUGAAACUUUUAUUAUAAUUGUUUAUGCUUUUUAUAGUAGAAUCGCAGACCUCAUUUUACAUAGUCAUGAACAUGGUGAUUCGAAGUGAUCUCAUGGGAUAUUUUGAUGAAAUAGUACGAACGUAAUUCUGCGGGACAUGAAACUAUGGUUUGUAGCAUUUUGUAAAUGAUUACAAAGAAAGCCCAUUGUGCUUUCAAUUUAUGGUUAUGAAUAAAUUAUUGAGCAUUA